CCCAUCAUGGUGAUGAACCAGCAGGUGCAGCGUGAGACGGGCCGCAAGGCGCAGAUGUCCAACAUUGCGGCGGGGAAGGCGGUCUCCGAGAUCAUCCGGACGACGCUAGGCCCGCGCUCGAUGCUCAAGAUGCUCCUCGACCCAAUGGGCGGGAUCGUGAUGACCAACGACGGCAACUCCAUCUUGCGCGAGGUGGACGUCUCGCACCCCGCGGCCAAGUCCAUGAUCGAGCUCUCGCGGGCGCAGGACGAGGAGGUUGGCGACGGCACGACGUCCGUCAUCGUGCUGGCUGGCGAGUACCUCAACCUCGCCGCGCCUCUGCUCGAGCGGCAGCUGCACCCGACGACGAUCUGCAACGGGUACCUCAAGGCGCUCGACGACGCGGUCGCCACCCUCGACAAGGUUUCGCGCCCCGUCGACAUGGCAGACACGGAGGAGCUGACGCGGCUCGCGUGCACGGGCACCAAGUUCAUCUCCCAGUUCUCGGACAUGCUGAUCCAGCUCUCGCUCGACGCCGUCAAGACGGUCUUCCUCGACGACGGAGGGCGCAAGGAGCUCGACAUAAAGAGGCGCGCCAGCCUUGAC